AAAAGAGUGUUGACACGUCAGAACCUCAGACCUAUCGUGCGGCGAUAACAAAGAACGCCGACUGGUGGCCAUAUCGAUACCAUAUCACAAAUAACAAAAACACGUCACGUAAUCCGGACGGAGGCUGCUGGAAAAAUAGCAGGCGGCGAACCAGGGAAUCAAUCGAAUCCAGCAGGCAAUACCAAAAAGCAAAUAGGAACCAUGAACACACAAAUCGUUGUAUUUGUGGUGGCUCUGAUGAUGCACUGCAUCUCUGCCGUGGAAUUCACGUUCGAUUUGGCCGAUAAUGCGGAGGAUUGCUUCUACGAGGAGAUCAAGAAGAAUUCGAGCGCCUACUUUGAAUUCCAGGUGUCGGCCGGUGGCCAAUUGGAUGUGGACGUCACCCUGAAGGAUCCGCAGGGCAAGGUCAUCUACAAACUGGAAAAGGCCACCUUUGACAGCCAUCAGUUUGUUGCCGAGACAACGGGCGUGUAUACCGCCUGCUUUGGCAAUCAAUUCUCGGCCUUCUCGCACAAGAUCGUCUACGUGGACUUCCAAGUGGGCGACGAGCCGGCUCUCCCCGGUGUGGAUGAACAUGCCACGGUGCUUACACAAAUGGAGACAUCGUCGCAGGCGAUUCACAAGGGCCUCAACGAUAUUCUGGACGCCCAGACGCAUCACCGGCUGAGGGAGGCGCAAGGUCGCAAGCGGGCCGAAGAUCUCAACCAGCGGGUUAUGGUCUGGUCAUCCCUGGAGACGGCCGCCGUCAUCCUGAUCGGUCUCGUUCAGAUUAUGGUACUGAGGAACUUCUUUACGGACCGAAAGCCCAGCCAGGCGCACUACGGGCGGCUCUAGAGGAUCGGGCUUCAUGUUGGGAUCUAGCUUAGUUCAGAGCCCUUGAAGGGAGAGGGUGUCCCCCCAUAACAACAACAAUCCCCAACAGUCCAAAUCCCCCGAAAUGUUGUCAAUCUCGUCUUAGCCACAACGUAUUCAUUCCCCCCCCUCAAGGGCGUUUCUUUAUCGGGAAAAAAAACCCCUAACGACAUGUAAUAUUUUUUCGUUAAGACCCCACCCGGUAAAACAGAAAAUGUUUUUUUUUUAAAUACAUAAAAAAGCAACCACAAAUCGAUAGCUAAAGGUA